CACAGCGAAAGCCGGCAGUCUCCAACUCACCACAGGGUCCUGCUAGUGUCUGAGCUGGUGCACCUGCUCGUAUUCUCUCUGCAUGCUGGCCGUCCAUCGGUAGCAAGAAAGCAGCCCGCAAGCGCCCACACAGUCAAGUUACGAAGCUUAGCCUUUCGAGUCCCAUUCUCAUCACAUAUACCUCUUAUACACUCACACGAACCUAUGCGGCUCCUGCAGUACAGCGAAAGCGGAGAGCUCAGCAUCCACAGCUUCGAAGAGGGCGACAUACCCCCCUACGCGAUACUUUCUCACACAUGGGGAGCAGACAGGGACGAGGUGACCUUCGCAGACAUCCGAACAGGCGAUGGCAAGACCAAGCUAGGCUACAAGAAGAUCCUCUUCUGCGGAAGACAGGCACAGCAUGACGGUCUGCAGUACUUCUGGAUCAACACGUGCUGCAUUGACAAGGCCAGCAAAGCUGAGCUCGCGUUCUCCAUCAGGUCAAUGUUUCGCUGGUACCGCAACGCAGCUCGAUGUUAUGUAUAUCUGUCAGAUGUCUUCAGUCAACCUCUACUAGCUGCGCCACGCCACCACGAUGCACGAUGGCCCUUUUGGAUCUGGAUGGUCUCUAUUCUCUAUACGGUGUCAGGAUGGUAUAGCAGCACGAUGCAGCGCUACUUCUAUUCGCGCCAGGUGCUAUGCACUCUAGUUGGCAACGAUGUUGUGCACAGCGAGCAGACGCCUGAGAUCACGCUCCAGAAAAGCAGAUGGUUCACCCGUGGAUGGACGCUGCAGGAGCUUCUCGCGCCAUCCGUAGUAGAGUUCUUCUCUAAGGAAGGUACCAAACUUGGUGACAAGUUGUCGCUGGCAAAAGAAGUGCGCGAAGUCACAGGCAUCCCUUGUUCAGCAUUGCAGGGCAAACCGUUGUCUGGUUUUAGUGUGAAUGAGCGAAUCUCAUGGAAUGAACAUCGGACAACAAAAAUUCCGACAGACCGCGCAUACUCCUUGAUGGGGAUCUUGGGAGUUAGCCUGUCGCCGUUCGACGGUGAGAGUCCAGCUGAAGCAAUGAAGCGAGUUACAGAUGAGGCGGAAAAGCAAGACAAGUGCCUCCGAGACAUACGCCAGACAGAUCCUCGGGACGACAAGAAGCGCAUCGAGGAUACCAAAGGCGGUCUUCUCGCAGACUCCUACCGCUGGGUGCUUGACAACCCUACUUUUCAGCAAUGGGAACAGCGCUUGGAUAGCCGACUGUUGUGGGUCAAAGGCGACCCUGGCAAAGGAAAGACGAUGCUUCUGUGUGGUAUCAUUGACGAACUGCACAACUCUAUGCCAAGAUCCGCCCUGUUGUCGUACUUCUUUUGCCAGGCGACCGACCCGUGCAUCAAUAGCGCUACAGCUGUGCUACGGGGCUUGCUGUACAUGCUUAUACACCAGCAACCGUCGCUCAUGUCGCAUGUCCGCAGGAAGCACGAUCACACAGGUAAAGACUUGUUCAAAGAUGCUAAUGCCUGGGUCGCCUUGACAGGCAUUUUUGCAGAUGUGCUGCAAGACACGGGCUUAAGCAAGACAUACCUAGUUAUUGAUGCGCUCGAUGAAUGCAUGACUGAUCGGCCAAAGCUACUCCGCUUCAUCGCAGAGCAGUCGUCUGCAGCCUCUCGCGUUAAGUGGAUCGUGUCUAGUCGCAACUGGCCGGCCAUCGAGGAACAACUGGAGCGUGCAGAGCACAAAACGCGGCUGAGCCUUGAGCUGAACGCAGAGUCGGUCGCUGCGGCAGUUGACGUCUUUAUCCAGCAGAAAGUAGACCAGUUAGCGCAGGAAAAACAGUACAAAGAGGAACUUCAACACGCCGUGCUCCAGCACCUGAAGUCAAACGCGAACGACACUUUUCUCUGGGUUGCGUUAGUGUGCCAAGACCUCAAAGCCACGCCAAAGUGGAACGUGCGCAAGAAGCUGGCCCAGUUCCCGCCUGGACUCGACUCUCUCUACAAGCAGAUGCUGCAGCAGAUAAUAAAGUCUGAUAGCGCGGAUGUGUGCUUGCAGGUGCUGGCAGUGACUGCUGUCCUAUAUCGACCCGUCACAGUCGCUGAGCUAGUUGUACUUACUGAACAGCUUGCGGACUUUGUUAACGACCUAGAUUCUGUGCGGGAGAUCAUCGGUCUCUGCGGAUCGUUCCUCACGCUGCGUAACGACACAGUCUACUUUGUGCAUCAGUCAGCUAAGGACUUCCUCGGUACAGAAGCGUUAAACAAGGUCUUUCCAGACGGUAAAGACCGUGUACACCAAGACAUUUUUGCGAAGUCACUUGCGAUUCUGCACAAAACACUGCAUAGGGAUAUAUACAAUCUCCAAGCGCUUGGAUAUCGUAUAGAGGACGUGAAGCCGCCUCUCCCUGAUCCUCUAGCCGUGUCGCGCUACCCAUGUGCGUACUGGAUUGACCACUUCUGCGACUCAAUAGACAAGAUACAGACACAUAGCGCUACCAACCACGAGCACGCCAGGACUACAGACGCAUUUCUUAGGCAGAGAUACCUUUACUGGCUAGAAGCGCUCAGCUUGUGUAGCAGUAUGGCCAAAGGGAUAGUCUUGAUGACAAGACUGUGGUAUCUGGUCCAGGGACUCGGGGACACGAAAGUAUUAACUGGCAUUGUGUACGACGCACGACGGUUCAUUAUGUACCACAAAGAGGCGAUUGAGAAGUAUCCUCUACAAGCGUACGCAUCUGCACUGCUGUUCAGUCCAGCAGACAGCAUGACAAGAAGGCUGUUCCAGCACGAAGAGCCAAGUAGUAUAGCUGUUAAGCCAGCUAUAAGCAACGGCUGGAGUGCCUGUCUGCAGACGCUUGAGGGCCAUAGCAGUUAUGUUAGGUCGGUGGCCUUCUUGCACGACUCGACCUGGCUAGCGUCAGCGUCAGGUGACAGGACUGUCAAGAUAUGGGACGCGAGCAGCGGGACAUGCCUGCACACGCUUGAGGGCCAUAGCAGGGAUGUUAGCUCGGUGGCCUUCUCGCACGACUCGACCUGGCUAGCGUCAGCGUCAGGUGACAGGACUGUCAAGAUAUGGGACGCGAGCAGCGGGGCGUGUCUCAGCACUAUCAACGUUGGCACAGGUCUUCAGUACUUGUCUUUCGAUUCUACUAGUACCUUGAUCCACACAGAAAUAGGUACUGUCACUUUAUCUACUUCCCAGAUUACAGACCGCGUCGACGUUACUGCAUCAGAACUACAGUGCCAGGGUGCUGGUCUAAGUCCAGAUAGUAUCUGGGUAAUGCGUUCUGGAAGCAACAUACUAUGGAUACCGUCUGAGUACCGGCCGUCAUGCUCAGCUGUGAGUGAGACCCACGUAGGCAUGGGGGUAGGAUCAGGAAGAGUCUGGCUUUGUCAGGUGACCUAGGCAAACAACAGUAGGUAGAUAGCAG